AUGGUUCAAGAAAUGUGUUUCCUGUGUUUCUCUGAUUCAGCUCCAGUUGGCUCUGCGUUCAGUGCAUGUGUUGGCCACAGUUUGGUGAUGCUGGGAGGACUGCUGAGCAGUGUAGGGAUAGUCGUUGGAGUAUACAGUCAAAAUCUGUUCCAGCUUUACAUCACUGUGGGAUUUCUGACUGGCUUUGACUAUGCUCUGACCUGGACUGUAACCAUGCUGGGCUGCUAUUUUAAGAAGCAGCGGCCCGUUGCCAAAGCUCUCACCAGUGCAGGUGAAUAAAUCGUCACUUUCCUUUUCACACCUCACAUCCAAUUCCUGGUAGACAAUUAUUCCUGGAGGGGUGCCAUGCUAGUGUUGGGAGCUGUGCAGCUGCACUUGUGUGUGUGUAGCACAGUGUUGAUGCCACACACUGCCCUCUAUGAUGAGUUUUCAACAGAUCCACUAGGACUCAAGCUACAGUCCAUCUUUCAAAUACACCAGGAACCACAGGAGGCUCCUGAUCAGAGCACUGACUCACAAAAAAUAUCCAGCAGCAGGCCAGAUUUCUUAAGGAGCAAGUCUACACAACAUGCUACACAACAUGGAUGACACAUUAAUUGGCAAACUUUGUGACAAGGUUUCCUUAGCCUUAGUGUUUGGUUUGUUUGCAGCACUUAGUUUCUUUGUCCCAGCUCUUUUUAGAAACUGACUUUUCCUUUUUUUUUUUUUUUCCGUAAGCAAGGUUAGUCUGUUGAAGUGUAGACAUGAGUGUAUUUUUCAGCAGUAUCACCUUUAAAUGUAUGCUUUAUGUAGUGUGUUUUGUGUAGUUAUGUGUUCUGUGUUCCUUUACUGUAUGUUAAUUUAUGUUGUCUGCAGUACCUCGAUCCUAGGGGAAUGUUUCAUGUUCUUUUCACUGUGUACUGCACUAUAUAUGGUUGGAAUAACAAUUAAAGUCUACUCGCCGUGACUUUAAAUCUUCUCAAUGUAUACAAGUGCUGCUCAGCUUAUCAGGAUUUAAACUAUGAUUAGUAUGACUUAAAAUGCAGAAAGAGAAGUGCCUUACACAGAAUCAGUCAAACUCCAUUUCUUGCUCUCCCUCUUUCUGACAUGGCUGUGUUAAUUUCAUGCAUUAUUGGUUGACAGAUAAA